AGGAUAGCAGUGCCUUGUACUGUGUAACCUUCCGAAGUGUGACUACUGUAUCUAUGCAUCACCGCAGCCAAUUUUCACAAUGCCAGGUUGAGAAAGAGAAUGUAAACAAAGAGGUAGGAUAUGAGGCUCGGCACAUGAGCAAUUGCCAGGAAUUGCAAAGUAUAAAAAGGAGGAAGAAGAAGCAGCAGUAGCAGCAGAAACAAGUUACUUGUACAUGACUAUCAGGAUGAAGCUGCUCAUCGUAUGUGCUGGGCUCCUCAGCCUCACCUGUCCUUCCAGGGCUGAUUCCGUCUGCUCUGUUCCAAACACACAGAAGUCUUAUGUCACAGCUUUGGCACUGAACAUGGCAAGAAGUGUGGGGCCAUGCGUUACUCCAGACCCCAGUGUUCUAUUGGCAUUGAACAUAGGAAAUGUCCCAGACUCCUUUGCCCGAGAGACGCUAAUUAAACUGCUGAGAGAAGACAGUGUCCAUAAAGUAACUGAAAAUCAACCUUUUACCUCAGGGAAAGUUGCGCUUUAUGUUCUAGCACUUCGUUCUUCAUGUUCUGACCCCACCAAAAUUUAUAGUUCUGGAGAAAACAUCAACCUUGUACAUCUCCUAGAGACCAAGACUAAUGAAGAGUUGCACUGUAUUGCAAACACUCAGUCUCCACGAACCACCUGGUACCAGGUCGCACUUGAUGUCCUAGCAUUGUGUGUGAUGUCCAAUCCUUCAGCGAUUACAGCUGCAAAGGCUUUGGCUGAAGCUACUUCUAUAAGCCCGCCUGGUCUCACAGGAUCUGUAGAUACAGCAGCUGUGGCAGUAAUGGGACUGACCUGUGUGCUGCAGAUGGACAAUGUGCCCUCUAAGACAGUUAAGUUAGUGAAGAGCUCUCUGUCUAUACUGCUGGACCUGAUCCUAAAUGCACAGAACAAUGGACUAAUCGGGAACAUCUACAGCACUGGACUGGCUGGCCAGGCUCUGACAGCUGCCCAGCCUUACUACUCCGUAUCCUCCUGGAAUUGUUCCAGAACAAUAAGUACAGUCAUAGACCUGAUACCAGAGGGGAAAUUCUCCAUUCCCAUAUCUGCUGCGCAGGUCCUGCCCCUCCUCUGGGGUAAAAGUUAUCUUUCCGUGAAAGGGAUGCCGUGCCCAGCUGACAAUGCUUCCUUGAUCACUGUGGAUUACACCAUCUAUAAUGACCUGACUGGGAAUCCUUUUAAAUACUCUAUUACUGUGCUUGUGAAUAAUGGAUCUACUCUGCUGCAGGUUAUGGAGAAGGCAGCUGAGAUUAACCCGAAGGAUUUCAGUUUUGACACAGAGAACUCUUCUUGGGGCCCGUUUGUGACAACCAUUAACAAACUGGGGGGAAGCGACAACGACAAGACAUAUUGGCAGUUUUUCAGCAAUGAGACACCAUUACAGGAAGGUGUUGGGACCUACAAGGUACACAACAAGGAGCAUAUUUUGGCUAUCUUCAGCAAAUACUAAUCAUCGUGUACAGUUCAUCAUGUACAUAAUUUAUAUUAUAUAUUCAGAUACUUUUGGCCCAGGAACACCAUGAUUUUGGAGCCUUCAGGCUAUUUCUGUUGCUCUUGGACACUGUACUCAGGUCUAGCUUUAUAGUAAAUAGCAUAAUGUAGAUUUUUUGUCUAUAGUUACCUGAAGUUCCCUUCAACUAUGUGCUUAAAUGCAAAUAUCACAUAAUAAUGUGUCAAAAUAUUAUAUUCGUUACUAGACUUACUAACAUCGAACAGAAACUUGAUUCAUCUGUAUAAAUGAUACCCUGCAAUUGAUUUGGAAAUCAUUUUUAUUGUCUUAUAGUUAUUAUAGCAGAGGCUAUUGUUAAUAUAUCAGUCCCAUUUGUUGGUCUCAGGAGGAUCAAACCCAUCUAUAUUAAGUUAAGGGGCAAACGUAGUAAGCCUUGGAGAGAGAUAAAGUGAAGAGAGAUAAAGUACCAACCAAUCAGCUCCUGACUGUCAUGUUACAAGCCGGGUUUAAAAAUGAUACUAAUGAGCUGAUUGGUUGGUACAAGACUUAGGGGGGCAUUUACUAAGCAGUGAUAAGAGCGGAGAAGUAAGCCAGUGGAGAAGUUGCCCAUGGCAACCAUUCAGCACUGAAGUAAUAUCUAUAGUUUGCAUACUAUUAAAUUAUACAGAGCUGCUGAUUGGUUGAUGGGGCCACUUCUCCACUGGCUCACUUCUCCGCUCUUAUCACUGCUUAGUAAAUGUCCCCCUUAGCACACCUGCACCUUUUUGUCUUACCUCAUAGGUAUAUCAAAUGAACAAUGGUGAUUGGUUCAUUCAAAUGUAAUUUCUCCAGAUAUCUCUAAUGGAACUCAGACUGCUUGCUAUGCAGUUUCAAUUGUGUCCAUACGUUGUUCCUCUUAAUGAACUCGGAAUACCAACACCGGUCGGAAUGCUGAUGCUGAGAUCCCGACAUGGAUCAAAAUGCUGACACGAAUCCCUAAUGCAGCGAAGGCGGGUUAUGGUUAGGCUGCGGGUGUGGGAGGGUUAGGUUUAGACUGCA